UAUUGGCAGCCCUAAAAAUGCAGCUCUCUGAGCAAUAGUUUUAUAAAUUCAUAUUUUGUAAUUUUCGUGGUGUUCACCGAAUAAGAACAAUUAAGUUAAGGGUCAGGAGGAAUUAGAAAUGUUUAAUGAGUAAAGGAACGCAGAAGUUGGGCCAACCCUGGUUUAGUUAGCUCCAAUUCGACCUUUGGAAACCACCGCUUAGCAAUCGAUUUUUAUUUGAGGCGAAGGUUGUGGAAUUUCCUAUCCAACUUUCCCAUACUCUGAAUUCCGGCGGCAGUGGCAUUUGGAGAAACAUAAUGAAGGACGGCGGUCAUAUAACACUAACACUCUCGACAGGAUCAUCGGUAACGGUGGAUGAACGGGGCAGGAAGAGUCUGCGGCGGGCUUGGAACCAGCUGCCGCGUUGUCAGCGUAAUCUCAUUAUUCUCGGCAUAACAGCAUUUUGUGUGACGGUGCUUCUUUGCCUUAGUGGCGAUCAGCUGCUAGCCGCCAGUCUAAAGGAUGUGGACGAGAAGGCCAUGGUGGCGCCUUAUCAAAUGCCUCUGCCAAAUCCUCACCAUCAUCCAGGCAUAGAUAAGGACCUGCCCGAAAUCACAGCAGCGGCGCCUGCAGCGGAAGAUAAGGGACAACCCCUCGCCGAGGCUCUUAGCGAUAAGUUGAAUGAUUUAAUUGCCUACGGGGAAGCCAAUUCUGCUGAGAAUGUGGUGCGUCUGCCAGAAACAGUAGUCGUUCAAGGGCCUCCGCAGGCUGUGGCGCUCCCUCCGCCGGAGAACAACAAGGAACAGGACACGGGUGGAAUUGACAUCUUGAACAACGUAGAAGAGCCAAUUGCUCAGGCGCCAAGUGAGCCGCUAAGCGAACGCGAACAGCUCGAUCAGGCCAUUAAACAUCCCUUAAAUAUGGGCGGAGUCAGCUUUAAGGAGCACCUAAAGAAGAUCCAACCUCUCUUAGCCAUGGGUCAGCACUUCCAUGGGGCUACCAACGAAAGGCAGUCGGCGGUGGUGGCCGCCUUUAAGCAUUCCUGGGCGGGAUACAAGAAAUAUGCCUGGGGACACGACAACCUGAAGCCCAUUUCGCAGUACUCACACGAAUGGUUCGGUCUGGGACUGACCAUUGUGGAUUCAUUGGACACCAUGUACAUAAUGGGAUUGGAUGAAGAAUUCAAGGAAGCUCGCGACUGGGUUGAGAACUCACUGCGCUUCGAUACUAAACGCGAUGUUAAUUUAUUUGAAGUGACCAUCAGAGUUCUCGGUGGAUUGCUGUCUGCCUAUCACCUAAGCGGCGACACAAUGUUUUUGGCCAAGGCUUCCGAAUUGGGCAACCGUUUAUUGCCCGCCUUCUUGUCGCCAUCACAUAUUCCCUAUUCGGAUGUGAACCUCGGCGAUCUCUCCGCUCAUUCGCCCAAGUGGUCCCCGGACAGCUCCACCAGUGAGGUCACCACCAUUCAGCUAGAGUUUCGUGAUUUGAGCCGCUCCACAAAUAUUUCAGUUUAUGAACAGGUUGCCCAAAAAGUGAACGAGAAGGUGCAUGAUCUGGAUAAGAACCAUGGUCUGGUACCAAUUUUCAUUAACGCCAAUACGGGAACUUUCCGUAACUACGCAACUAUUUCUUUGGGUGCACGUGGUGACUCCUACUAUGAAUACUUGCUCAAACAGUGGAUUCAGACUGGCCGUAAGGAUAACGACAACCUUAUAUUGGACUAUAUGCAAGCAGUGGAUGGAGUUCUUACUCAGCUAAUGCGGCGCACUCCACGUGAGCACUGGGUCUACAUUGGCGAGCUGAUCAAUGGCAAAGACUUUAAGCCAAAAAUGGAUCACCUUACGUGCUACUUGCCGGGCACUUUGCUUCUGGGCCACCAGAACGGUAUGCCGGAUUCACAUCUUAUACUUGCUAGGGACCUUAUGGAUACAUGCUAUCAAACCUACAUGAUGAAUCCCACACACCUGGCGGCCGAAAUUUCGUACUUCGCGCUUACAGAAAAGGACGAUCAGGACAUUUAUGUGAAGCCAAACGACGCACACAAUUUGCUGCGCCCAGAAUUUGUGGAGAGUCUUUACUACUUCUACUCCUUGACUGGCAACCGGACUUACCAGGACAUGGGAUGGACCAUCUUCCAGGCUUUUGAGACUCACGCCAAGGUCAGCGCGGGCUACACAUCGAUGGGAAAUGUCAAAAAUACGCAGAACACUCGGCUGCGCGAUCUGAUGGAAAGCUUUUGGCUCAGCGAGACCCUUAAGUACUUCUAUCUGUUGUUCAGCGACGACCGCAAGGAAAUCGACCUGGAGCAGUGGGUCUUUAACUCGGAGGGCCAUCCACUGCCUGUCUAUCCGCUCAAGACUUAACUAGCGCCUAAGCAAAGCAACUAGAGGGCAGCGCAACUUAGUUGCGCCAGCAAAACUAACUGGUAACCGAACAGGGUCGGUGCAUUUAGGCUGCAACAAUCGUUUUACUCGAAAUCGUACUUUAGCGCAAAUGCCAAAUACUAUGCUAAGCUUAGGGUUAGGCCGAGCACAGUUGGCCAGUCGAAUAAAGCAAUGCCCAACAUCGGAGUGAAUCGAUUUGAACUGAUUAGAACUAAUUUGAAAUCGCAGGGGCAAAAAGUAAAGUGUAAACACUAAUUUUACAAACAUUAUAAAACUGUUUAAAUUUAACCUAUUAAGUAUUUACAAGGCCAUCAAUCUUAAUUACCCAUUAACUUCGGUAGUCGCUUUAAUUUUAUAUUUUGUAGUUUUUGGCCCCAGCGAUUUUGAACUGAUAAUCGACUCGUCGUUUCUUCCUGAAACUGAAAUCAUCAUAUUGUUCGGUUCUAAUAACUGUUAUUUUGUAAUAAUUUAUUUCCUACUGUAAGCACAUACUGUAACUUGAUAUUGGGCUAUUGCAAAUUCAUCUCAUUAGCCAGUAGCAUCAACGAAAUCAGCCUGCAGGUUUUAACCUUGUAAUCUCUCUUGUAGUUAAAUCUGUAUGUUUAUGUUAGCAUGAUAUUAGGAGCUCAGUUGCACUCAGCACAAAGUCGAUUUGUGUGUAAUCUUAAAAGUACGGAAUAAACGAAUCUCACAGGAAAUGCGCCAAUCGCAUUUUUAAUCCCAUAGGCAACCUGCGUAUUAAGAACCGAAUCGAUAAUAAAAUGCAAACAUUUUUAAAAUUGUA